UUGAACUGGAGGUGGUAGAUCUCCAUUUUCCACCACCGCUGCCUGUUCAUAAGGUUUAGGCACAUGCUUUCUGCAGCUGAACAAGACUUUUUGAGUGCCACUUAGGCAAUGAUGAAAAGAAAGGAAAUCCAGAGUCUUCUCUUCUCAGGAGAUUAUGACUGAGCCAAGCAAAAGCUCAACAAAAUCUACAGUAGUCACCACAUUGCCAUCCUCCCUGCAAAAUAACAAUCAAGAAUAUCUAGAGACACCAAGUCAGCCCUCCAAAGAGCUUCAUCUUUCAGCGCCUGGCCCUCCUUUGAAAUCAAACUCUACUUUAUCAGCCUUUCCUGACCCUUCUGUUAGUCCUCCACAAAAACAGUAUUUUGUAGAUGACGCGUGCCAAGUAGAUAGGUUCAAACAACAGAAUUCAUCAUCAAGAAAAAAUGAAAACUCAGUUGAAGAAUGGACAUUUUACCCAAGCUCUGGUAAUCACACUUACCACACAGGGAAAAGAUGUUUAUUUUAUGGUACCCACCUCCGAACUAAGGCUACAUCUUCUGAGAGGACACUGGAAAAGUCUAUAGGGAGGAAGAAAUAUGUAGAUGAAACGUCCUCCCGAAAUGGCAUUCCAAUGAGGAUGCUUGGUGACCAUCCAUUUGCUGCUCCUGAACAAAGUACAGACUUCCACAAAAAGGGAUCAACACUAUCUCCAGUUAAUUUUGGGAGCUCUAGAUAUAGAAAACGGUCAGAUACCUUUAUUCCUCUCCAGCGUUUGCCAAUAACUUCUAGUGUACCUUUCCAUGUAAAAGAGAAAGAACUAGAAUUAGAGAGAGAAAAGAUGGAAGUGCAGAAUCUGGAAACCUGGAGACCUAGCCCAAGUUUGAUGCAAUCGUUACUUGAGAGUGGACAGGCCAGGAAGCUAACUUUUUCAUAACUGAAGAAUGGAAGGCAAGCUUGGUCCAAAAGUUCUGAUUUUGCAUAUCGUAAGUUGUAGGACAUAUUUGUGAAUACAUCUCCUAGAAAUUCUUGCCAAACUGAUAUGACCACAUUUUGAAUAGUUGCAGAAAGUUAGCUGUUUCUGUGCACUAUGUUUUUUAUAGUUGCUUCUGCACUAAAUGGAUGAAUGAAUAAAUUAACAAAUAGAAAAUUUAAUAAAACAUAUUUAGUUCAUUUA